AAUAAAAAUAUAAUAAAAAUAUAAAAAAAAAGCCAAACCGAGCAAAGAUAAGAAGUGCAAAGAAGAAAUGAACAUCCAUCACAACAGGGAACAAACGAACUCCGGAUGCAGAAAAAACGAAAAAGCAAAGAAAUAAGAAAGAAAAAAAUCAAAACAAGUGGGAACAGGAAAUCCUGGUUGCCGCGUUUGGAAGGAGGCCACCACCGCACCUUCACUUCUCUUGACCCCAAGACUCCAACAACAGCAACAGCAGCUCCUUCCUUGCUGCGGGAGUUGGCGAGUUAUCAAACCAUCCAACUUUCAGCCUCCAACCUCACCUCAACCUCCUCAUCCUCAACCUCAUCCUCAUCCUCACUUCCUCUCCUACCUACCUACCCCCUUACGAGCCUUCUGUUCAUACUCUCUCUCUCUCUCUCUCUCCCGCCAGCUCGACAUACAGAGCUACUUCUUUAUCUCUCUACGCACCACCCACCGGUCGAGAGAGCAAUCAGGAACAAGGGAAGGGAAUGCUGCCCGCUCUUUGCUCGGUGUGAGUCUUUGUACGCCCUCGUCUCAUCCACUGUACCACUCUUCUUCCCUCCCCCUCCUCCACCCCAGCAGGCCCAGCAGGCCCAGCAGGACCAGCACCCUGCUAGCUGUAGCCCGUCUAUCUGUGUGGUUCCCCGAUCUUCGUCACCCAAACUUCCCCCAAGCACCAACGACCCAAAAAUAGAGAGAGGAAAAAAAAAUGUAGCCAAGCAGACAGACAGACAGACAGACAGCCAGACAAACACACAGGAGAGAAAGAACGAAAGAAGAGAACGGGGAAGAUACCUACCCAACACAUCUCUUGCUAAUACCUCCAAAUAACUAACUAACUAGUGUUUGUUUCCUCCAGUGCACUGAAUUCCCUUGCACAAGGCCUGCAGUGCGAUCAUGCUUCCGUCUGUGUAACAGCUCAAUGCGUGUUCCGCUUCUCUUUGUCUCCCUUCGAUAGCCUUCCCGCCUGUGUCUUGCUUGCUGCCUCCCUCAAAAACACUUACCCACACUCUCUCGCACACGCACUUUUCCUCUUUCACCUUCUUCCUUCCCUCCCCUCUUUCUGCCUCCCGUGUCGUGAUUGCUCUCGCCCAUUUCUCUCCAGUCCCUCAUCCCCCCUCCUAAAACUGCCUGCUAUCACCCAAUAGUGGUCCUCUUUGCACUUCCUCCCCACCUCGUGGUUCACAUAUCCACCGGUCUUGAGCAACAUACGCCGCUCUCGACUUCUGAAACCUAUCCUCUCGUCUCUUUCCUCACCAUUGCACAAAUAUCAAGCGACUAGGGCAUUCGCGUCCUUCCGUUCUCCCUCCCUGUCCCUGCGACCCGCCUCAUUCGACCGAUUCGUUUAUAUCCUGUCCCAUAAAGAGAGAAUAUUAUAUAUCCCAAUGAGCUAUAGGGUGUCACCGCUACGCUAAUCGCGCUUCCUCUCAGGGCAGGUGAGCAGUGAGUUGAGUUGACCUCACUCUCGACUAGGCAAUUCUUUCUGCUCCCUCACCCCGGCUGCCUGCGGCGAUUUCUGCUGGCAAACGAAGACGGUGAUUCUGUUCUUUCUUUCUUGCCCGUCCCGUUGUCCGCUUUGCUCUCAGCUAGACUAUCGUUCUUUCCUAGUACAUCCCUACCCUACCUCUGUACCUAGCACUUCUCUACCGGUGCCUUUUCUUCAAUCCCUGCCACAGCAAAUAUAUCCUUUGAUGGGCUUUCUUUCUUCCCCUAAUCUUCUUGACUCUCAAUUAAUUUUUAUAUCUUUCCCUCCUUCUCUUGCUCCGCUUCUUCGAACUGACCUCCUCCUAUCCUCAGGUACCUUUUGAUUCCAGCCCCGGUAACCCCUUUUCCCUCUUUCAAACGCUGUAUAUUGUGUGUACAUGACCUGGUUAUCUCCGGCAUCAAACUGAUCAAGAGCAUCUCCUUCUUUUCUUUUCUUUUUUUUUCUAUUUUUUCUAUUUUUUCUUUCUUUUUAUUCUUUUUAUUUUUUUAUUCUUUUUAUUUUGAGUUCUUCUACCUUCUGGUGUCAUAUAUAUUACUUUUACCAUCCCUCUUGAUUCGCGAUUUAUGCGCAUGGUAUCCUGCAAAUAUAUCUUCUCUGUGAACGUUUUAUCUCUCUCUAUUGUACCGCUGCCCUGUUUAUUCUGUACCAACAAAACUUUCCUCAAAAGCUGCAAAUACCCUCGAGAUACCCUCAAGAUACCCCUUCAAAGGCAUAUUUGAUUUAUCAAUAGCUUUCACAAGCUCGUUCUAUUUGUUCUGAGCUGCUUUUUCCCAAGAUGACCUUAGCCUUAGCAGACAGUGGUGUCGCUCAGAGGAGUCGUGGCCAACCUUCUAAUAUCGGCUCUGCGUCCGCCAUGAAGGAGAAUGAUCGCUCACACGUACCCCAGACUUCAAGUAUUUGCAAAACAUUUGGUACCCCCAAGACAAACUGGAAAAAUAACAUCUGGAGCAAUGGUUCUAUCCCUGAGGUUCCAAUCGAAGGCAAAACCGGAUCCGGCUCUUUGUUGUCAAGUUCAGAAUCUGACUGUUGGACUGGACGUACCACCUUGCCCUGGGAUCUCUCCAAUUCAGCAUCGCAGCUACGGGAUCCGUUGGCUAAUCAUCCUGGCCAACCUGGCCCAAAUGAUCAAGGCACUCCGCUGAACAUUAACAGUACACCUGGCGUCAUGUCGUCUCCAUACUUUUCCGUUUCUCGAUCAUCGGCUAUCGGUAACCCCUCGCAUGCUCCCAAUAACAAGUCAUUUAUCACACAGCCUGAUAUGUUUCCCUCAUCCCCAGCCCAAGAUAGCUCUGGUCUCGUGGGGUUUAAUGCUUACAGACCGGAUGACGCUAGUCGUCGCCGUAUCAAUGGCACCCCUCUGAGGAAUAAUUUAGGUCCACGUCUACAAAACAAACAAGGCCUUCCCUUGGGCGACAUGGAUGCGCCAUUGUCCGAAAACAGCAUCAAACCGCUGAAUCUCCGUUCUUUCUCCCCAAACGGUACCGAUCAGGCCUCUGGGACAAGGGAUCAUGCACAGUAUGGCCACAUCUCCCACAACUCAGUUUCGAUUGUUCCGCAGAGGCCCGCCCACUCAGCCCAUGCUUCCUUCCAUUCCGAUUCGCAUGAAACUGUUCCUAGAUAUGCCGUUACUCAAAACGAGCUUGCGUCAGGCAUGAGCAAACUUCAUAUGCAGGAUGAUGGCUACCCCUAUAAUCACCACGUUUCACCUCAGCGACCGCCCUAUCACUCCCACGCGUCAUAUGAUGUAUCAUUGACCCGAUUCAAACCCUUUAUGGGAGCAGACGAUGGACACAGUAUCCACACGUCCGAUGAGCAAAUUGACAUCCCAGCUAAUCACCAAUUCAAUGCGCCCCGCUUGAACGAUAGAGGUCCUGCUUCACCGACCAUUAGCGAUUAUGGUCGUAGCGUGCACAGCUUUUACUCCGCUGGAGGGACUCCAAUAACCAACGGCCAGUUCCGGACAUCCUCUGGAAGUCGGCUGACAGGGCAAUUGCCGGAUGGACAAGCAGAGCUUCUUGAGCGAAAGCUUCGUGGCUUGCAGCAGGAACAACAGGAUUACAUACAAUCUACUGCAAACCCACUCCACGCGCGUCUUUCCAUUGCCCGCGGUUAUGGAUUUCCGGGUUACCAAGGGGUUGCCAGAGUGAACCCGCUUUCCAACUACUAUCCCGUUGCACCUUUCGGUGGACUAGGACCGGCGUCCAUCCUACCUCGUAACUCCCAUCGCGACCAGGAUCCAAUUCAAGUCAUUCGUAGUCCACUUCUUGAAGAGUUCAGAAUAAACAGCAAAAAUAGCAAACGUUACGAGCUGAAGGAUAUCUAUAACCAUAUCGUGGAAUUCAGUGGUGAUCAACAUGGGUCGCGAUUCAUCCAGCACAUGUUAGAAUCUGCAAAUAGCGACGAAAAGGAUCAAGUCUUCCGGGAAAUCCAACCUAACUCUCUUCAACUUAUGACAGAUGUCUUUGGCAACUAUGUCGUUCAAAAGCUUUUCGAGCACGGCAAUCAGUCGCAGAAAAGGAUACUAGCAAACCAAAUGAAGGGCCACAUACUUGCUCUAUCGACACAGAUGUAUGGGUGUCGAGUUGUUCAGAAGGCUUUGGAACAUAUCCUCACGGAUCAGCAAGCGUCGAUGGUGAAAGAGCUUGAAAACCACGUCCUGAAGUGCGUCAACGAUCAAAAUGGGAACCAUGUAAUUCAGAAGGCAGUCGAAAGGGUUCCUACCGUUCAUAUUCGGUUCAUCAUCAAUGCCUUUAAGGGACAAGUUCACCAAUGGGCAGCUCACUCUUACGGUUGUAGGGUCAUCCAACGAAUGUUGGAACACUGUAAAGAACCAGAUCGGCAGGCUAUCCUUGCAGAACUCCAUGCUUGCGCUGCCAGUCUUAUCCCAGACACAUUCGGCAAUUACGUGAUCCAGCAUGUCAUCGAGAAUGGCGAGGAGCAUGACAAGGCAAAGAUCAUCUCCAUCGUUAUCUCACGGUUGCUUGUGUUCUCGAAGCACAAGUUUGCCAGUAACGUGGUUGAGAAAAGCAUUGAAUUUGGCGCGGAGGGCCAACGAACCGAAAUUCUACGUCAAUUGACGACACCAAAUGAUCGGGGAGAGAAUCCACUCCUGAGCCUCAUGGGGGAUCAAUACGGGAAUUAUGUCGUUCAGACAGUUCUUGGUGAGCUCAAGGGGCCAGAGAGGGAAGCUCUUGUCAAGCAAAUUGAGCUGCAAUUGCCCGAGCUCAAGAAGACCAAUUAUGGAAAGCAAAUCGUCGCUAUAGAAAAGCUCAUCUAUGACUCACACAGCACUGGUGGCCGAUCUGGGGACAGCCCUUCCCAUCGCACAGCCGGAUCUCACACUUCCCUGAGUGAGUUGAACACCUCUCCGUCCAGUGCUAAUAGUAGCGGAGCACCAACAUCUCCUGCCGUGGGGACUCAGAGCUCCAGAGCAAGCUCUCUUCCAAGCACAAACACCAGCGUUGUCGAAGGUUCUAUGUACCAACGAAAACAGAGUACAACUCCAAUCUCGGAGCGCAAUGACGAUGUACAAGUUUCCGCAAUCGAGAACUCGGGUCUGAAGUCCGCACGUUAGUAUUGAUACUAUCUCGAUCAUACACUUCGGGUUGUGAUUAUUAUCGUUAUCAUUAUUAUUAUUCUAUUCUGAUUCCCUAUUUUCUUUCGCUCGCACAUUUACGAUCGCCACAUGUUUCUCCGACAUUUCACCACUAUUUAAUAUGCCGCAGUAUAAAAACACUUCUCUCCUACCCCGAUUGUGCGUACUGGCUCGCGGAUCGCCGCAAAAUAAUCGAAAGGAAAACAUAGAGAUCUUCCGUGGCAAAAUAAUAUAUCUCAUGAAACGUUGCUCCCUCACAUUUGCGGGUUUAUUAUAUUCAUGAUAUGACUGAUACCCACUAUGCAUUUACACCUAUGAAUUAGAGCACGCUGGUAUAUUAUUUUUUUUUUCUUUUUUUUCCCGCCUCCUCCCGAAGAAGCAGAAGCAGAGAUGGUUUUCUCCCUUUCUAUACCCAUUUUACCUCUACUAUAAUAUCUUCGAAUAUCCUUUGCGUACCUUUUUCCAUCCUCGAGCUGCAUCCCGUAUUCUUUCCCUUUAUAUUUAGUGUUAUAUUUGACACACCUACGCCCCUUUCGAUGCGGGUAAUUUAUUAGCCGUUUAAUGGUUUGUCUUCUAUUCCUCUCGGGUUUCCAUUCUACACUUUGAUUUUCCGUUUCUUUUACCUUGCUAUUACUUUAUAUUGUUACUUUUAUAUUUUUACAGUUUUAUUUUGUUCUUCAACUUCCUGCUGAAACCGGAAAAGGAUAAGCGAAUGAGCGUGGGGUUUUGUUUUGUUUUUAUAUUGUCCGUCAGGUGUCAUGGACUGCUUUUGUUUGUAUCUUCGCAAUACUUUGUGUCUUUCUCUUCUGUGAUUUAGUUUGUUUCUUUAUGAUUUCCUUUGCGUGGGAAAAUUUCACUUAUUUUACAGUGAAAAAUAAAAAGAAGUCGCCCUUUUUCAUCUCUCAUUACUCCUUUACUGCUCUAUAUACAUAACUAAUCCAAUGGCUUUUCUCAACGCCUGUUUUUUCUCAUUUCCGUUUUACGGUGCAAUCUAAAUGCUUUUUUUCACUUUUCUUAAUUUCAAGUGAUAUUAUGGAUGGUAGACGAGGUAGAAAACAGAAAGUAGACAAAACAAAAUGGCAAAGAAUUACUUCGAUAUUUGUCACUAGAGGAAAAAUAUUCGCUUGAUAAGCUUCUUUCCUCUUUCCAAUGUUGUCUACAAGUGGGUGGUUUCCAUGAAAGAGCAUUACCGCCCGCAUAGAUUGAUUGAUUGAUAGCUGUUAGUCAUUGAGUGAAGACAGGAAUGAGUACUUGCUUUGUUUGUUCCAGGUGAAAACUCUUCUGAUUCUUCUCUUGAGUUCCUAUAGAUAUAGUUAUUAUCAUUGAUUCCAUAAUAAGAAUGCAUGAGAUUUAUGCCACUACCAGAG